AUGGAAUCUCAUCAGGAGCCACUGGUAGCUAAUAUCACCAAUCUCUAUGAGAAAAUUUCAAUGUUAGUAGACCUAAGUCCGUCCAACCAUGUCAACACCCUCUUCACCAAACUUGUGCUUACAUGUCUGUCCCCAAGUGACAUUGAUAUCACUAAGUUGAGUGAAAGAGUUCAAGAAAUGAGAUCCAGGCUAAUUAAGGUUUGUGGGGAAGCUGAGGGAAUCUUAGAGGGGCAUUUCUCUACCUUCAUAGGAUCUCAUGCAAAUCCACUUGACCAUAUCAGUAUCUUCCCUUACUAUUCCAAUUACCUCAAACUGACUCAUCUGGAAUUUUCCAUGCUGCAAAAAGAGUGCACCACACUUCCUAACCAAGUGGCUUUUAUAGGCUCCGGUCCCCUCCCUCUCACUUCUAUCAUCUUGGCUACCAAACAUCUAAUUUCUACCUCCUUCCAUAACUAUGAUAUCGAUCCAUCUGCAAAUGCCAAAGCCUCUCAGUUGGUUUCCUCGGAUCCUGACUUAUCAAAACGAAUGUUUUUCCACACUGCUGAUGUUAUGAACGUGUCAAGUGGCUUAAAGGAAUAUGAAGUUAUUUUCUUGGCGGCUCUAGUAGGUAUGCACAAGGAGGAGAAGGCUCAUGUAAUACGUCACUUGGCUGAGUACAUGGCUCCAGGAGCUUUUCUGUUGCUAAGAAGUGCACAAGGAGCUCGAGCAUUCUUAUAUCCUGUCAUUGAUCCUUGUGAUCUUCAAGGCUUUGAAGUUCUUUCAGUGUUUCAUCCAACUGAUGAGGUCAUAAAUUCAGUAAUCAUCGCACGCAAAUAUCCAAGGCCUAUUCUCUCAUGGAAUCAAGAAGUGGACUCUACCACCUUACCUAGCAAAUGCUCUGAUAUGCCAUGCUUCAAUCCUCUAAACCAUGGAAACAUAAUAGAAGAAUUAGCCAUUGAUGAGCAACUUUUGUGA